UCACCGCCCGUAAUAUUUCAGAAACAUAUUUGCAGUACACAGAGUUUGUGGUUUCCUUUUCUGCAGUAAUCGAUCAUCAUGUUGGUAUAUCAGGAUCUCUUAACUGGUGAUGAGCUUCUUUCUGACUCCUUCCCCUACAAGGAAAUUGAGAACGGAAUGCUAUGGGAAGUAGAAGGAAAGUGGGUAGUCCAAGGUGCAGUUAGUGUAGAUAUUGGUGCUAACCCUUCAGCUGAAGGUGGUGAGGAUGAUGAAGGUGUAGAUGACCAAGCUGUGAAGGUAGUUGAUAUAGUUGAUACCUUCAGACUUCAGGAGCAACCGCCGUUUGACAAAAAGCAAUUUGUCGCAUACAUCAAGAAGUACAUCAAAUUGUUGACACCCAAGUUGGAACCCGAAAAGCAAGAGGCUUUUAAGAAGAAUAUCGAAGGAGCCACCAAAUUCCUUCUGUCAAAGCUCAGUGACCUUCAGUUUUUUGUAGGGGAGAGCAUGCACGAUGAUGGGACAAUGGUGUUCGCAUACUACAAGGAAGGAGCAACCGAUCCAACUUUUCUGUAUUUGGCAUACGGGCUAAAAGAGGUCAAAUGUUGAAACAAAUUUAUAGUUUGAGGUCCAGGUGUGGUGUUUAUCAAACUUGAUUGUUAUGUACAACCAUAAUAAGCAACAACAAACCCUUGUGCUGCUAUAUAUCAUUCUCAGGAACUUGAUGCUUUUGCAUUUUGUUUGGU